AUGACUAAAGAAGAAGGCCAAGUUCCCAUUGGCAUGGUGGAUGUUAAAAAUCUGACAGACAGUGAAUUGCAGGAACAGCUUAUCAAGCAUGGAUAUCAUCCGGGGCCAAUAAUAUCUUCCACAAGACAGGUUUAUGAGGAUAAACUACUACAGUUGUUGACAUAUUCAAGUCCAUCAACACAACAUAAGGUUAAGAAAACUGAAGAGCCACAUCAGGAUCUGGAAAGUGAGGAAGAUAAAGAGAAUUUUGACGAUAUCGUUUUGAAGAGAAGCAUCAAAAUCUCACAAAGAACAAGACGACCCAAAAAAGAAAAUCCUGCACUUCAAAAAUCUGCAAAAGAAGAGAAUUAUGAAAUAGAAGAGUGUGGCAGCCCUUCACCUCUCCAUAGCAAAGAGUUACCUUCAGUUUAUUCUGUGGAUGGUGAUGUUGACAUCUAUUAUCCUGAUCCCAGCUCUCACACAGGAAUAAGGAUUACCAUAAGAAGACCAUUAAAAACCAAAAGAGAGGAUCCACGAACAAUAUUGGAAGAAAAGGAAAAGGAAAGGAAAAUAGGAGUGAUUUCAAUCGCCUUUAUAAUUUCUGUGUGGCUCAUUUUCACCUUAAUACUUUUUGUCUACUUAACCAUGGAAAAGGAGGUAAUUGAAGUUUAG